CCUAUCCCCUCUUUUUAAACUCACAGACAUCUUCUCGCCAUGCCACGUGCUGUUUGGACCAAACUCCUGUCCGAUGUCUCUAUUAAGAGAUCAUCCCAGACUCUCGCAAUCCUGGCCAGCAAUGCAUAUAUCUAUGGCGGAGAGCUGCGGCCGCGAGAACCAGUUGAUUCUGCGGUGUACCGUUUGUCUUUGGACGCUUCAACAUCCAGCAACCGCAAUGUCAUACAAACUCCCCCGUCUGCCAGUUACCCCCAACCCCGCGUAGGUUCCGCCUCGACCGCGCUUGCUGGGAGACUCUACAUCUUCUCUGGUCGGGGCGGUAUCGCCAUGGCCCCGAUCGAGGAAUCUGGCACCUUCUGGGUCUUUGAUCCGACCCAGAACAACUGGUCCCAAUUGGCCCCUGCAACCUCGAACUCGCAAUACCCUGUGGGCCGCAGCUACCACACGCUCACCAAUAACGGCACGGACACCAUCUAUCUGCACGGUGGCUGCCCAUCCAGUGGUCGUCUACGCGACCUUUGGGCCUUCAACAUCCAUUCUCGGCAAUGGCUGGAGUUGCCCCCGGCACCCGGCCCGGAACGAGGCGGCGCGUCGAUCGCGUACGCUGAUCAGCGAAUCUACCGGAUGAACGGCUUUGACGGGACCAGGGAGCAAGGCGGAUCCCUAGACGUGUACAAUGUACAGACGAACGAGUGGACCAGUUACACUUAUGCAUCGGAUGGAAUCUCCGGGCCUAGUCCGCGAAGCGUGGGCUGCUUGCUCGCCACGAUGAUUGGUGGGAGGCAGUCACUGGUAACAAUGUUUGGCGAGCAUGAUCCCAGUAGCCUGGGACACCAGGGUGCCGGAAAGAUGCUGGCGGAUAUAUGGGCGUUUGAUCUCCAAUCUCAGCGGUGGGCACAGGUGGAUAUUGCGGAGCCAAACAGACCUCCGGCGCGUGGCUGGUUUGAUGCGGACGUCAUCAGCCCUAAAGCAGAUGCCAAUCCUGGAAGCAUAGUAAUUCACGGUGGACUUGCUGAGUCAAAUGAGCGGUUGGAUGAUGUGUGGCGACUAGAUUUUGUCUAG